AUGGCCUCAGACAGGCGCCAACUAGUUCUGGUGUUCUGCUCGUGGAAAGUCUUACUCUUCACGCUGACUGCGUUUUGCCCGGGUCCAGGCUACGACACCUCCGGUCUGAUCUCGCUCAAUUCGAGUUUAGACCGUCAUGCAAACCUCGAAUCAUCAUCCCGAUUCCAACAUUUCGUUCUCAAUCUUUUCCGAUGGGAUGCACUAUACUUCAUCAAAGCUGCGGAGCGGGGCCUGGUCUUUGAGCAAGAAUGGGCGUUCAGCCCGGCGUUCUCCAAGCUCUUAGGCGUUGUAGGACGACUCAUCACCGGUAAUGCGGAAAGCCCGCUCCAGUACUACAUCGUCGUCGGUAUUGUCAUCUCCACCACUUGCCACCUCCUCUCCGUGCUCGUUCUGUACAGACUCCUUACCCGACUCACGGAAGCGGGGCAGGGACAAUCUCGGGUACCGUUUGUUGCAAGCGUUCUUCACACGCUGACACCAGCCUCUCUGUUCCUUUCGGCACCUUACGCAGAGUCUAUGUUCUCAGUACUCAAUAUGGCCGGUAUACUCUGUUACGUAGAGUCCAAAGCUGCGGCCGGUCCUACUUCUGUCCGCUUCCAGGAGAUCUUGUACAAGCUCAGCUCAGGUGUACUCUUUGCUCUGGCGACUACCAUACGGAGCAAUGGCUUGCUGAGUGGCUUGAUACUCUUGUAUGACGUUACGCGGUACCUGCCCCAAUUGCUCUCUUUGCGGUCGAAUGUACAUGAUCUUUGUAGAGUCGUUGUCACUUGUGUCUCUGGUAUUAUGAUCGCUGUUGGAUUCAUCGGGCCGCAAUAUCUGGCCUACCUAGACUUUUGCAGUACCAGCGACUUGGCCAGACCCUGGUGCGAAAACAACCUCCCAAGCAUCUACUCGUGGGUGCAGAGCCAUUAUUGGAAUGUUGGACUCUUCCGUUAUUGGACUCUGUCUAACCUUCCGUUGUUCCUGCUUGCGGUCCCAAUGUUGGGGAUGUUGGUGUACUCAAGUGUUACCAUCCUUCGCACCGGCUAUGCUUCGCCGUUGCAUGGGCGUCCUGUACCCCACACUAGUAACGCCCUUGAACCUAAGCCCACGCCUCUCGCAACGUUCGACUUACCAGAACUGGCGUUACCUCAGCUGGUGCUGGCUUUGGCAACAGCUACCAGUUUUCACGUGCAGAUCAUCAACCGGAUUGCUUCUGGAUACCCCCUCUGGUAUCUGACAGUAGCUGCUUGUAUGACUCAAAAGCGAUCGGACUUGCAUCUCAGGAAGCAGCCGAACUAUGAACAGUGGGUAGUUCGCGCGAUGAUUAUGUAUUCCAUGAUCCAAGGAGGGCUUUUUGCAAACUUCUUACCGCCCGCUUGA